CCCACCAUUUUCCAAUUUACAAAAUCAGCCCUUGCUCGCCCCGCCCCAGCUCGCUCGCAAGUCGCAACGCAUGCCCUCUCCCGAGUCCUGCCCCUACCGACGGUACCGUCCGCGUCCGCCCGCUCCGCCUCCCAAACAUUCCCCCCACCCCCUACGCGCGCGAGCCUAAAACCCUAGCUCCGUGCCCCGAUCCUCCUUCCCGCCCAUGGCCUCCGCUGACGCCGCCAAGCCCGCGUCCCCGCCCGCCGCGGAUCCGCCCGCCGGCGACGCCAUGGAUGCCGACCCCGCGCCCCCCGCGGGGGAGGAGGCCACGCCGCAAAAGCAGCAGCCGGAGAAGAAGCGGCCCGGCCGGAGGAAGAAGGGCGAGGCGGCGGCCGCGGCAGACAAGAAGACGCCGCCGUCCAAGAAGUCGGCGGGCCCCGCGCUCGAGCGCCCGUCCAGGGAGAGGAAGACGGUCGAGAGGUACUCGGAGCUCGCGCCGCGCGCCACGCCCGCCAAGAAGUCCCCCGCUAUUCUCCAGGGCUCCGGAACGAAGCUCAAGGACAUACCCAAUGUUUCAUUCAAACUAUCAAAGAGAAAGGCUGAUGAGAGUCUACAGAGCCUUCAUACUGUAUUGUAUGGGAGAAAAUCAAAUAACCAUUUUUUGAAGAGAAACAUAUCUCAAUUUUCCGGGUUUGUUUGGACAGACAAUCAAGAAAAGCACAGGACCAAAAUAAAGGAAAAGCUUGAGAAAUUUAACAAGGAGAAGUUGCUAGAUUUUUGUGAAAUUCUGGACGUUAUUGUAAAAGUAACUACAAAGAAGGAAGAAGUUUCUGCCAAGCUCUUGGAAUUUUUAGAGUCUCCUUGUGUUACCAGGGAUGUUAUUCUCACUGAUAAAAAGAAGGGGAAGAAACGCGGAAGGAAAUCUAAAGUAAGUCGUGAGGUAACUUCUGAAGGUGCUUCUGCAGAGAAGAAAAGGAAAAGAGUUCAGAAACAAGCAGCUGAAGAUGGUAAAGAGAAUGAUGAUGGGGAUGAUGCUGAUCUUGCUGGUUCUGAGGAUGCAUCAACAGGAGACGAAGCUGAUGUGGGCUCUGACUCUGAGGCAAAUGAUCAUGCUGUGAGUGAUGCUGAACCUGAUGAGCCUCCAGCAAAGAAAAAGUCUACAGAUGUAAAACAGGUUAAAGAAACUGGUACUGAUGCAAAGGAAAAGGAUGCACCAGGAAAAAAGGGUUCUAUGAAACCUGCAAAACGUGCAUCAAAGCCUUCUCAAAACAGUAAAAAUGAGCCUGAGGUAGAGAUAAAAAAGGUUGGCAAGAGAGCAAAGAGCUCAAAAGAAACUGAUGCGCCACCAGAUUCAAAUAAGCCAAACAAGAAGGUUUCUAAAUCCAAGAAGGAUAAUGGAAAAGAAGCCCAAAACAACAAAGCUGCCAGGAAUAAGAAUAAAGGAAAAGGCAAGGGUGGCCCAGGUGCUGGGACUGCCCCAACCAAUGAACAGCUUCAUGCUGUUGUUAGCAGCAUUUUGAAGGAAGUUGACUUCAACACAGCAACUUUGGCUGAUAUUCUCAGACAAUUAGGGACCCAUUUCGAAAUGGACCUCAUGGACAGAAAAGCAGAAGUGAAACGCAUCAUAGAAGAUGUAAUAAAUAGCAUGUCUGAUGAUGAAGGUGAAGAAGGCUCGGAAGAUGAAGCAGAAGACAACGGCAAGGUGGAGAAGUCAAAGAGUGAUCCCGAUGGAGGAGAAGAGAAGUGAUUCUGUGGACCGGAUGUGCCAGUGGUGGUUUGGAUUGAACCUGGAAGGACUAUUUUCCGGCCAAUUCUCCCGUGUUUGGAGGUUUUGGCUCUGUACAAUUGGGGGCACCGCGAGAACGAGCCGGUGACCUGGGUACUGGUUACAAAGAUUGUUAACCAUUUCACAGCCAUACACACCUAGUUGUGCUUGACUUGGUAGUGGAUGUAGUCUCUAGUGUAUGGUCAUGUACGAUAGCUUGGUUGCGUAGGUAGCUAGCGUGACUGUAAUAUGCAGAACAAUUCUGGGCUUGUUUCAGCUAUUUAUCCAUGUAAAACUAUGUAUCCGAGUUCUGAAUCGUUCCUGCUCCUUGCAUUUGUUGUUUACCUAGCCAUCGCAAUGUUAGCGCAGUGAUUCUCUGC